AUUUGAACUAAAUGUUACACUAUUCUCUGGUCUUGGUUACCAUUUUGUUUACAUGUUGUUUUGGUUCUUAUGGCAAAGCAAAAUCAGUUACUUUCCUGGUUAUUUAAAUUGUUACUUGUCUCUUCUGAUUAUCCUCGUUCAUUUACUAUCCCAUAGUUUUAUCUAACUUGUUGUUAAACGUUUGAUUGUAUUUUGGUGACAAUGUCGAUUAUUAAACUUAAAAAUGAUCUUAUCUCUAAUCUCCUAUUGGCUACGUCAACUCUUGGCUUACCUGGCAAUCCACAGUUAACUGAUUAUAUUGGCUCCUCGAUUGUUUCGGAUGGAUUUAAGGGUAAAAAUGAUGUUACUCUUAAUUUAUCUAAUCCUGUAUUUUCCUGUUGGCAUAAUGAUCUUGAACCAAUUGGAUCGCAUAUUGUUGAACAAAGUAAAUCAUGGGAAUUACCGUUGAGUGAUUUUAAAGUUUCCGGUAAAUCAAUCUUAUUCAAUAUUAACCGUGAUGUAGCUAUUCCUUUGUUAUUACGAGAAGAGUUUGUAAUUCAAAACGACUCAGGAUAUCAAUCGACAAUUCUUUUGAACACUGAGAAGAAUAGCUUCAAGGAAUUGACACGUUUACGUUUCAAGUACAUCGAGGAGACACUUGUAUCUUUAAUUGAAGCAACUGGAGGUAAAACAUCCAUCCGACGAGCCAAUUAUCUCGAAACCACUGACCAACCUACAAACGAUCCUCUAUUUGACCGGAAAGAACCUCUUGCAAUAGAUAUCACUCAACAUAAAGCAAAUAUUCCAUUCGAUUUAGAUGAAACACAAUUUUCUAUUGAGCCUGGGUCAAGAUUGAUGAAUCUUAUGCUCCUAUUUAACGAAUCAAUAGUUCCAGAAGAUUUAAAAUCAGAUACGUGCAGGAUAAUUAUCUUGAUUCAUAUCAAUGAUUGGAAAAUUGGUGAAAAAGCAAUUACCUCUUGGAGCAUUUUAAACUCCUGCAUCUCUAAACUCAGCCAAAUAAGUUUCAUUCCCAUUGCAGACAUAACAAGUGAUUUGAGUUUAACCGAAAUCAAAGAUCAUUGGAGGUCAGUUAUCAAAAAACAAUCAGAAACUGAAUGUAUGGAUCAGCAAGGCGAUUGUCUUAUCGAGACUUGUCUUCGCUAUAUCAUUACUUCGAUAUCGCCUAAAGUAUUUCACAAAUUGGACUUACACAAAUAUAAAGAAGCUCUUUUCAUUCAAUACAAUUAUGCACGUCUGGUUGGUAUUACAAAUAAAUUCAACCAAUUAGCUACUCCAUUACCUUUGACGGACGUUAAUUUGAAUCUUCUUAAAAGUAAUCACGAAUGGAAUCUUAUUUAUAAUUUUAUAGCCAAAUAUCCAGUUCUUUUGAGCGAAGUUUUAAAACCAAAUCCCAUUGCCAUUCAUAAAAUACCUUAUUUUAUCAAUACGUUUGUUAAUUGUAUCUCUAUUUAUUACAAUUUCACGAGAGUAAUAACUGAGAUCAAUGAGAAGAGUUUACCGUUGGCCAAUGCAAGGAUAGUAAUGAUCAAUAAGAUUCGAUCCGUUUUACAUCAAGUUCUCAGUCUCAUUAAAAUUGAACCUGUACAGCAAAUGUAAUUACCUAGUAAAUUUUUUUACCAAUAAACGUUUAUAAUUAUAGUAGCAUAAAUAAAA